AUGCCCGACUUGGUUUGUCGAAUGAUCGAAUCCAAAGUGUUGCUACGAUUGGACAUUUGUGGAUUCUUUCUCUAUUGGUAUUCUUUGCUGAAUGAGGUUCGGCUCAUUGAUUUAGCUCAUCUUGAGGAUGUGGAGUUGCUUGAUCCGGCGAACUGGUCAUACACGGAUUUUUUCACGGAACGGGACUCGAACUCAGCUGAAUGCGAUCAGACCACGCGGUUGCGACCGAAUCUCCAAUGUUUACGACUUCAGAUACCGCGGUUAUGUGCAAGUCAGUUUAUCACUGACUGUCCUCUCGACGGUCACGAUUUCGUCAAUCUGAUCGUUUCUUUCGAGGACAAGAAUGCAACACCGGAGAUAUGGCAAGAAACCCUCAUCAAUAUAGCUUUUCGGCAUCGUCACGUGAUCGAAAAUCUAGCUACGUUGGACGUGUUUGGACGUGUUAAAGAAGCAGUGAGUUUCAAACACUUUUUACAAGGAAUAAUUGUGUGGAUAUAUCUGAUAUUGCACUAUGGUGCAAUUGGUGUGGAUUCUCGCUCAGAUCAGAAUCCGGCCGGGGAUUCAAGUCACCGAGUGUCCGGCUGUUGCAUUGCGGCUGCAUUUGGUGAUGAGGAGAUAACCAGUCAGAUACCGUCCAUUCCGUUGAAAGAUUUCACAUUCGAUCUAUUCUUUGAUUUGUUUCUCCAAAUAUGGCCAAGGGAAGAGAUCGCGGACAUGUUUGCCACUUAUUCCGAUGGAUUCGGACUAAUGGACCACAACGGGCUGAAUGAGUUUCUCAAUAGGAGUGUAUCAAAAUCGAUCAGAAUCAGUCACGAUCGAGAAUUGUGCGCAUCCACAAGUCGUUUGGAUUGCCCCCGAAAAAUAAAACAUAUCAAUUUGAUGCAGUGGGAAGCAAGACACUUUUAUCGCAGUCAGAGCAAAGUGAAUUCGACGGGACCAGAACAAACCGGUGCGUCGUGCCACAGCACCGCACAUCGAUCACGAAGUGAGCAUCGUACCGGAGCUCGGUCCGGACGCAGCGGAACUGCUAGUAGCCACCACGGAUUGAUUGAUCGGGGCAGAGCAUCACGUGACCAGUCCGUUGGAACACAAGCUGGGCAUAGCGCAUUCCAACUAAGUGUGGAUGAAUUUCGACGAUUAGUUGAACGAUACGAAUGGAACCGGUCAUCCAGAGACCAAAAUCGAUUUUCCGUUCAAGGAUUCUACCGGUUCAUGCUAUCUCAUCAGUAUCAACUAUUGAUGCGCUAUCGCACCGUCCGUGAUCCGCGUUCCACGGUGGAACAAGACGACUGGUCAAACAGGCAUCUGCUCGAACCGAUCACACAUUAUCACAUCCAAUCGGCCCGUCUGAUUACAGUUCGAAAUUUGAAUCGUGAGUGCGAUGCAAAUUUGACCGAACAGAUAAAUUUGAUUCGACGCCGAAAUAUGUUAACCGUGACGAGAGCGAUCAGACAACUCUUACUGUUGGGAACACGGUCUCAAGAACAGAAUCUAUUGGCCAGCUUAUUGCUUGAUCACCUUGGCGAUUGGUUACUCACUCCACCUAUACCGAAGUUUGUGGCUCAAGCAAACUCACCGUAUGUGGAAAAAAGUAAAUACUACUCACAAGCGCAUCAUCACCGUUCGUCAUUUACUCGAAGACUGCACAAAACCGAGGCCGUCGGGGCUACCCAAAAUCACAUUGAACCGAUCGGUGCUAACAAACAGCAUUCGGGUUUCGAACCAGUGGACGAAUUCGAGGUCAUUCUCAGCUUGUCCAGUUUGACGUUUGCACGCACUGUGCAACUUCAGCAUCGGGCACGUAAACAGCGUCUGUUGAAAAGACUGUUACACGAGGCUUACGGGAGUCGGACACAGCGUCGUGUGAAAAAACGAGCUACAGAUGGGGACGGAAAGCAAACGGUUGGAGGAACGGGAUUACUGAAUAAAAACGCCGCAUUAGUUGGUUCGUCUGCAAAUGGCAAACUCGUGGGCGGCACAGUCGGACGUGGAAGUAUUCGAUUGCGUGGUAUUCGUGGAUGGUUUGGAAAACGACGCGUAUCCCCUGUAAAUUCCACUGGGGAGACAAACAUCUCGAAUCGAACCAGUCUAUUGUCCAACGAAUUGAGCCCCGCUCCUCGUAGGCCUUCUUUGAUUGCUGUUCCAUUUCUAACUCGGUCACCCCUGGCAGAAAAAGCUCAUCGGGUGGCCGCCGAAGCGAAUACGAACACCGGACAAACCAGAAAUCCAUUCGCAUCUUUAUAUCGUCGUUUCAGUGUACGUUCUAGUGAUAUUCCUUCACCGAAAACACCCUCUUCAAAGACCAGCGAAGUCCAGGAACCAGUGACGGAUACGAGCUGGAAACCGACGUUUGAGUUUCGUCAAUCGCAAUCCUCCAUUCAGACCGGAGUACAGCUUCAACGAUCCUUAUCAAUGUCCUCCUCGUCCUCGUCGCCAUCCUAUUCCACCUCAAGCCAAGCUAGUUCGUCCGCAAUCUCCCGUUCCCAAUCCACCGGAUCACUUCAUCAAAACAAAUCGACGAAAGGAGCAGCAAAAUCUACCACAACAGGCUCCCAUGAUCAGCCCCGAUCGAAAAGUCAAUUAAGCACAAAAAUCGAGGGUGGUCUUGCACAAAAGCCAAAUAAAAAUUUUGGGCGAUGCUCCUGUAGUAGUGGGAGUAAAAGUCGUGGAAGCUCCAGUGAUUCAAACGUUCCAAAUAAAGCAAACGGUGGUACAGGAAGACAAGCUCAGCUGAAGCCCAUUCCGGGGCAACAUGCUCAGAAACCAAAGCAGCUACAGUCGAAUGUCAACCAGCAAAUUAAUUCACAGGAGAAAAACAAGUCAGGAUCAAAAAAGAACCAGUCCGCAAGCAGUGGUGGCCCUGGUGGAGGAAGCGGUGGACGAAGAAGUGGUAAAGCUGACAUCGUUAGUAAUAGCACAGAAGCUCACUUAUCCAACGUGAGGAAAGUAACAAACGAGAAAACUGUAGAUGAAUUCACCAAUAGGAACGUAAGACAGUCAUCUCUGAAACAAACUGUCAGUAGUAGAACGAAGUUAAGCCAAACGGAAAGAAAAUUUGAUAAAACAACAAUUGUAUCGCGUUCCAUCGGAUCAAAUCGAUCUCACGAGUGGACCUCCACCUCUACAUCGGAUUCAACCGAGACAACAGAGACCUCAUUCACCUCAACGGAUUCCUCACUAUUGAAUGAGGAUCUUCACGGUGGACGUCUACUAUCGGCAGAAUCCCUACGGGCACGACGUGCUGCCCGGGACCAAGAUGAAACCACAGAAUCCACCGAGUCAGACUUUGAUUCCGGUCCGUCUCCGGUCCGUGGCUAUCGACCGCAAGUCAUGAAUGGUCCGUGUAGGGUACAAGUUGCACCAAUCAAAGCCAAUGGUACCGUUAUGCGAUCCAAUACACUUGAGGGUUUCUCCGGUUGUACCAAAAUGGUCACCAAGUAUCAGACUAUGAGAAGAACCAACGUGAUUGGCUAUUCCACAUGGGGAUCCAAAUAUUCAGAAGAAGAGAAAAAUAAACCAAAUAUCCCUCGUCGAACACUGUGGAGACAGGCAAAUCAAUGGCUGACGAAAUGUCGAGUGGUGAUUGUCACUCUGGCCCAGGUGUUACGUAUUUUGAGCAAUCGGACAUGCGCCAAGGCACUUGCCGAGUAUCCUUUUGUUCCGUUCAACAUGAUUGGUGAAUAA